GCGGCUUCCUGGGGCAUAAGAGUCGAGGAGGUUUAGACUUAUUUUUAUUGGCAAACUGCAGCUUUUUUAAAACACAGAAAUGCCGAAAGACGUGUCGUCGUCGUCAAGUGAAGACGAAGCGGAGAAUCCCGCUCCGGAAACAGCCGAAGAGCCGAAACAGCCCGGGAAGACUUUAAGGUUCGAUUGUCCGACCGAAUUCGUGUCUUUCCGUCAUGUGGCGUGCAGCAGCGCCGCCGCAGACGGCCUGAAGGACGACCAGAAGGAGCUGUGGCUCAUCAAAGCCCCGGUCAGCUUUGACCCGCGACGCUUCAGCGGCGUCCAGCUUCCUCUCUCGGGUCUUCGGACCGUGAAGGUUCCUGGUUCCGAGGGUCCAGAGAGCCGUCAUCAGAUCUACAGCGUUUUGGCGUCCCGCCGGAGCACCUCAGAGCUUCGCCUGCUCACCUGCGACCAGCAGGAUCAGCUGGUUUUGGCUCCGCCUUUCUCAGGCCAGCUGAACGUUUGCGAAAGCUACGGCGACAGCAGCACCAAUCAGAACCCCCAGGUGAUCCCCGCCUCCCCGGCGCCGUCCAUCCCGCCCGGACUCAAGCAGCGCUUCCUCCCGUUCGGCAGCAAAACACCCACUUCAACAUAUGUGGGUGAAGACCAGGUGGAGGGAGUCUCAUCCACAACCCUGCGCCCCCUGGUGGCCACAGACGGAGGAGGCAGCGUAGAUGAAGAGGAGGAGGAGGAAGGACGGAGGAAGAAGAAGAAGAAGAAAAAGAGGCGGAUAAAGGCGGAGGAGGUGGAGGUAAAACAGGAGCCGGUGGACGAGAUGACGACGGUUUCUCUCCAGACAGACGAGCCUCCGGAGAAGAGGAAGAAGAAGAAGAAGAAGAGGGACAGGGAGAGGGAGGAGGUGGAGGAGGGGGAGGAGGAGGAGGAGGAGCAGGAGGAAGGGUGGAGAAAAGGAAGGGGGUCCCACGGGAUGUCGAGGAGGUUUGAGGGGUCAAUUCUGAAUUCCUCCACAUGUCAGAGUCAAAACAAAAACAUGGAGUCGAGGAUGACUGGCUACAGCGGCACCACGAGCACGGCCUGAGAGCAGACACACUCGGAGGGGGGGGACAGAGAGGAGC